CCGGGGGGAGAUGGCGGCGGCCGGCAGCUCUGCCAGCAUCGUCGAGUACUUCGGCGGAGAGGAUGGCUACCGCUGCGGCUACUGCAAGAACGAGACCGGCAACCUCUCUCAUGGUAUGUGGGCACAUUCAAUGACAGUUCAAGAUUACCAGGAUCUGAUAGACAGAGGAUGGCGAAGAAGUGGAAAAUAUGUCUACAAACCUAUCAUGAAUCAAACGUGUUGUCCUCAAUACACAAUAAGGUGCCAGGCUUUGCGUUUUCAGACCUCCAAAUCUCACAAGAAAGUUCUGAAGAAAAUGUUGAAAUUUAUUUCCAAAGGAGAUGUUUCGAAGGGAGUGAGUGAAGAAGAGCCUAUGGAUUCCCACAUAGAGGAUGUGGUCACGUGCGAUUUUGCAUACAAAAGUGAAUCUCAUGUCAGUCAGUCUGAACUGACUCCCUUGAGUGUGGAUCACACAGAGAGGGUGGAGAAUGAAGAUAAGGACAUAGGAGAAACAAAAGAAGAGGUGAAUGCGCAGCAGGUGGAAUCGGGUUCACUUCAGAUCUGUGCACAUAAAGACACAACAGUCCCUGGAGAACCAUCGCAUUCAGCUAAAAUUGUUCAUGCACCACCUAAGCCAGGGAAAGGGGCUGAUCUGAGCAAGCCACCGUGUCGAAAAGCAAAGGACAUACGGAAAGAAAGAAAACUGCAGAAACUCCUUCAGAACCAGACGUGCGCGUUUGAAGGCUCUGAACUUCAAGCAGAAGAUCAAGUUUUCCUCUUGCAAAACUCUAAAUCUAAAACAAACCAACCUAAAACCAUUGAAGACUUCGUUUUUGUCCCUUUACCUGAUGAUGCACAACACAAAUUAGAGGUGAGGGUGGUGAGAUCAUCUCCACCAAGUUCACAGUUCAAAGCCACAUUUCAGGAGUCUUACCAGGUCUAUAAACGUUACCAGAUGGUUAUUCACAAGGACCCACCUGAUAAACCAACUAUAAAUCAGUUCACACGAUUCCUCUGUAAUUCUCCUCUGGAGGCAGAGAAUGCACCAAAUGGACCAGAAUGUGGCUAUGGUUCUUUCCACCAGCAGUAUUGGCUGGAUGGGAAGAUAAUUGCUGUUGGUGUAAUCGAUAUCCUGCCCUACUGCGUGUCCUCUGUCUAUCUGUACUAUGAUCCAGACUAUUCUUUCUUAUCUUUGGGAGUCUACUCUGCAUUACGGGAAAUUGCUUUUACUAGGCAACUUCAUGAAAAAGCUUCUGAUCUCUGUUUUUAUUAUAUGGGUUUCUACAUUCAUUCAUGCCCCAAAAUGAGAUACAAGGGUCAGUACAGGCCCUCUGACUUGUUGUGUCCAGAGACAUAUGUCUGGACACCUAUUGAGCAAUGUCUACCACUGCUUGAGCACUCAAAAUACUGUCGAUUCAACCAGGACGUAAAAGCAGUUGAUGAAGGUCGUAUUAAGGAACUGGGCAGAGUGAGAGUACUUCACAAGAGAACCGUGAUGCCUUACAGUGUGUAUAAGAAAAGAAGGAAGGGGCCAAGCGACGAAGCCAGUGUUCAGCAAUAUGCAAGUUUGGUUGGACAGACCUGUUCAGAAAGAAUGUUGUUGUUUAGAAGUUGAAAAAUCAUUAAAUGGGAUUUUGAUGGCACUACAUUUUAUUGCACUGCCACUGGAUGAUAUGUGCUAUAGUUUUGUGUUAGUAUGCCUACUCAAAUAGCAGUAUGAAAUACAGGUAUAUAUCUAGGCUUGUGUGAAUACAUGGUACUGUGUUUAAAAGGCCACCUCCAAUAAAACUUACAAUACAGCAAGACUUUAGCGAUACAAGUUUAGAAAAAUAUGCUUGCAAUAUAUUUUAAUUAAGUAGUUCUAGCCUUUCUAUGCAUUUUGAAUAAUUCUAAGUAUCUAAGGAAAAUGAAAAACAGGUGUCUUUUUUGUAGAGACAAAGAUUGAAUAAAUCUAGAUUAACAAUAAUUAAAUUACAAAUGUUUUCAAAUAGCACCUUGGAUAUCUGUUGUUAAAAAUUGCCAUGAAAUUUAUGCUCGCAUUUGUAUGGUCCUAAAGUCUUGCAAGAGAAUUGAAACGUGCUGUUUCCUUCUAAUGUGAAAUCUGGCAUGGUUUAAUUUUGUUUCAGUAGUAUAUUUAAAAACAGGAAGAAGUUAUUUUCACUGCACAUUCUUCAUUUGUCUAAAGUAGUAGGUUAGUGUCUGAGGUCCUAGGGAAUGUAGGAGGUCAUAGUAGAUUCUCAGUGGCAGGGGAUGCAGUGCUUUGGAAAACUUUCCCCUUUAGAGAUGAAACGGAAUAGUUGCACUAUAAAUAUACCAAAGAUAUGCAGCCAAGUGGCACAGUGUUUUUUUGGUAUAAGCCUUAUCCUUUGUCUAAAAAGAGUGGGUAUUUUAAUGCACUUCACUAAUGUGAAAUAGAGCUUGGAAGGUUUAUCCUAUAGCUCUUCAGUGCACAUUUCAGAACUAUGCUAAAAAAAAAGACAUGAGGUACCACUGCUGGGUUUUGUUGCAAUUUUUUUCAGCAGAAUUGUAUAGGAAGACUUAAAUAUCAUAUUCCUGUGUUUUUACUGACUGUUGUGUUUAUGGUGCAGCAGCUCACCAAUUAACAUCUUUAAUAACAUUUUACUAAAUACUUCUGUUGGAAACACAGGAAGUCAUGAUGCUUUCCGAAUGCACUUUAUUAUCUGAUGUAUGAACAUUGUCAUUAGUAGUCUGUGUCCCUAUCAAGUCAUACAAGUUAUAGGAAUUUGGGGAAAUAACACUCUUGUAUAAUUCAGUAAUGUAUUAUAACAUCGUAACAAUACCAAUGCAUUUGUGUUUCUUAUCUUCUUGGAUAGGAGCUAUUUACCUUGAAUCAACUUGAAGUUUCCUGUUAAACUUUGAAGAAAGAUUCUUAUUCAAGAAUAUAUGUGUAGAUGUUUUUCCCCAGAAAGGAACCAAAUUCAAUUUUACCAUCUGAGGGUUACAUCUCCUGUCAUUCAUG